GGGAUCACCGGGGAUGAGUGCCAGGGGGCCGUGGGCGACCCCUGCUUCCCCUCGCCCUGCCAGACAUGCGGCACCUGCCAGCGCCUGCCCAGCGCCCAGUUCCGGUGCCUGUGCAUGGAAGGAUGGACAGGGAAGAACUGCCAGCUGAUGGAUUUCUGCCCCACCAACCCCUGCGCCAACGGGGGCACCUGCCUGCUCACCUACCCGCACAUCGUGUGCCAGUGCCGGCCCGGCUUCGACGGCCACACCUGCCAGCACGACGUCAACGAGGGCUACCGGGACCCCGGGCCCUGCGCCACCGGGGGCACCUGCCUCAACAGCCUGGGCUCCUUCCGCUGCCUCCGGCCCCCAGUGCCAGCACCGCGCCGGGCCCUGCUCCGCCGGGCUGUGUCUGCACGGCGGGACCUGCCGCCCCCUGGCUGGCGGCUACCACGGCUGCCAGUGCCCGCCAGGUGGGGGCUGCGCCGCGGGGGGGGGGCGUGGCACGUGGGCCCCACGGUCAAUGUGGCCAACGAGACCCCGAUGACUGCGUGGGGCACCAGUGCCGGAACGGGGGGGCCUGCCAGGACGGGCUGGGGACGUACUCCUGCCUCUGCCCCCCAGGCUGGACGGGCUGGGACUGCUCGGGGGACGAGGACGAGUGCCUGGCACCGGCCCCCCCCCCCUUACCACCACGGCGGCACCUGCCACAACCUGCCCGGGGGCUUCCGCUGCGUCGGCGUCAACGGCUGGUCGGGCGCCAGCUGCACCCACAACGUGGACGACUGCGUCUCGGCCACCUGCUUCCCCGGCGCCACCUGCCUGGACCGCGUGGGCACCUUGCUGUGCCAGUGCCCCCCGGGGCGCACAGAUGGGGUGACGCCGCUGAUGGCAGCGGUGUGUGCGGGGGGCGCCGUGGGGGAGCUGCUGGCCCAGGGGGCACGGCUGGACGCCCAGAUGGACGCGACGGGGGAGACGGCCCUGCACCUGGCCGCCCGCUUUGCCCGGGCCAGCGCCGUCCGCAGCCUCCUGGACGCCGGUGCCGACCCCAACGCACGGGACCGGGCGGGGCGCAGCCCCCUGCACAGUGCCAUCGGGGCCGACGCCCUGGGGGCCUGCCAGCUCCUGAUUCGCUGCCGGCAGACGGACCUGGACGCCCGCAUGAGCGACGGCGCCACCCCCCUGAUCCUGGCCGCGCGCCUGGCGGUGGAGAGCGGGACGGAGGAGCUGCUGCGGGGCGGGGUGGCCGUCAACGCCGCCGACAAGUGGGGGAAGACGGCCCUGCACUGGGCUGCGGCUGUGAAUAACGCCCAGGCCGCCCUCGCCCUGCUCCGGAGCGGCGCCAGCAAAGAUGCCCAGGACAACCGGGCGCAGACCCCGCUGUUCCUGGGCCGGGAGGGCAGCGCGGACGUGGCGCGGCUCCUGCUCCGGCACCGGGCGAGCCGGCAGCUCCCGGACGAGCUGGGUCACCUGCCCCGCGACGCCGCCCUCGCCCGCGCCCACCACGACCUGCUCCGCAUGCUGGACGACCCCCGCCUGGGCCCCCCGCCCCGCCGCCCCCCCAGGCUCCGCCCCCACCCGGAGCAGCCGGAGCCGCCUGCCCCCUGCCUCGCGCACUGGCCCUGGGCUCCCGGCCAAUCGGACGGUGCCCCGGUGCAGUGA